GCGACUCUCAGUGGAGAUCGGAGCUCCUCCGACCGCGGCACGUAUACGGGGAAACAGCCAGAGAUCGCUGCCGGUGUGUGUGUGUAUUAUAAUAUCGCAGUCUCGGUUAUUGCGCGCCCUCGGACCCCAUCUCUCUACUGUCAUUGUGCCAGAGGACUACCUCGACCGGACCGGCAUGUAGGUCCGCCGAGCGCAAACACCUAUCUUUCUCUCUUCCUUCUUUUCUUCUCUCUCUUCUGUCCCUCUCCUCCGACUCCGUCUUUCUCUCCUUCUCUCGCUGGCUUUCCGACUCCGAAAAUCCCGGAGCGUAAAUCCCUCAUCGCGCGCGCGCGCACAAAAAAUCCUACACCCCCUAAAAAACCGGCUCUAUCCCGAAAAAAGACAGCCAGCAGCAGCUUUUCACCUCCCCUAUAUAAGCGUGCACACCGCACACAUACCUUGGGAGCGAGGGAGAGAGAGAGAGCCUUGUGUCUCCCUCUCCGCUCCGGCACGCCGUCCCCACUCUGCGCCUCGAAACGCGCGUGUGCUGCGUUCUCCCACAGGAGCCUGCCUGGAGUGUGGAGGAGCAAAACAUCGGCUUUCAGUCGCGCGACGGCUCGCCACGCGAACGAACGCCGGGAGGUACCGCUCGCGGAUUUGAAUUUUACCGCGCGCUCGCGACAGUGCUCCGCUCUUAUAUCUCGUCGUCUUCAUAGUAUAUGCACGUUCUGAUAACGACGGAUAGAAAAAGUGCCGAGAGAGCGUGUGACUUGUGUGCAUAAGCGAUCGAACUGCCCGUGAGUAUAGAGAGAGAGAGAGAGAGAGAGAGAGAGAGAGCGCGGCAGGUGGUGCAGGACUGUUGCGUGCGAGGCAUCAGUAGCUUAGGGUCGCUGCUUUUGUGUGCGAUACAAUGCGGAGGUGCUGAACGCAGAGAGGAGAGGGAAAAGUGGCCGCAUUAUGUGGAAACAGUGUGGAAUGUUGUGAAAUCGUCCCAGGUAUUCCGGCGAGCAGUACCUCGUCGUCGUCGACGUCGCCGCGGGAGAAGGACGACCUAUGCAGCACCGGUCGAUGUCGGCAGCCGCCCGGAGAUACCCACGUCCAUCCGCGUGAAUCGAGGAGGAGGAGGAGCUUUUUUCGACACGUCGGACUUUUGAAGCUGGUCGACCCGGAUGUGCACUUUAGCCCGACGCGCGCUUCGCCCUACGUCCUCCAAUUUAAGGUAGUAGCAGCAGCAUUCGAGGCCCGUUUCAUAUGGAAUGGCCGCUCGCAGAGCAGCAGCAGCAGCAGCAGCCAGCGGCGGCAGGACGGCGGCGACAGCGGUGGCCCUGGGCGCGGUGCUGCUGUUGCAGGGCGCUUGGGCCGGGCUCUGUCCGCCUAGGUGCCGCUGCGACGACGAGUCGCUGCGCGGCAGCUGCGCCUACGGCGGCCUCGACACCGUGCCCAUCCAGCUGAACCCGGAGAUCCGUCAGCUGGACCUCUCGGGCAACCGCAUCUCCGGGCUGCACAUGGCCUUCGACUUCUAUGGCAACCUCGAGUCCCUCGACCUCGGCUCGAACCUCAUCCACACGCUCGGCUCGAACAACUUCCGGCUGCAGCAGCGGCUGGUCAGCCUGAACCUCAGCAGCAACGCCAUCCGCACGCUGGCCAAGACGGCGCUGCACGGCCUCGCGGGCCUCAAGAGCCUCGACCUCUCCAACAACAACAUCACCGAGAUGGACGAGCAGGCCUUCCGCUACACGAGCGAGCUCGAGCGGCUCGACCUCUCGGGCAACUCGCUGACCAGCCUGCCCUCGGGCCUGCUGCGCAACCUGCACAGGAUACGCAGCCUCGUGCUCAGCCGGAACUCGCUGCUCGAGGUGCCGGCCUCGAACCUCGCCCUGGCGCCCAGCCUCGAGCGGCUCGAGCUCUCGGACAACCUGGUGCAGGAGCUGGCGCACGACUCGCUGCCCUCGCUGCCGGCCCUGACCCACCUCAGCCUGGCGAACAACGUGCUGCGCAGCGUCGCCGACGACGCCUUCGACCGGACGCCCGGGCUGCUCCAGCUGGACCUCUCCGGCAACAACCUCACCUCCGUGCCGAGCCCGGCCCUCGGCAAGCUCACCGUCCUCACGGGCCUGCUGCUCAGCCGGAAUCCCUUGGGCGAGCUGCGGAAUCUCGCCUUCCGGAAUCUCUUUGAGCUGCGCAGCCUCGAGCUGAACGACUGCUCGGUCUACUGGGUCGAGCCGCGAGCCUUCGCCGACAACGUCAAUCUCGAGAGGAUCUCGAUGGACGGCAAUCGCGAGCUCGCCGAGCUGCCCGCCCGGGUCCUCUACGCCGCCGGGAAUUUGAGGUGGGUCUCGCUGCGCCGCUGCAAUCUGGCCUCGCUCCAGCCGACGCAGUUUCCCGUGGACGGGCUGACGGCGCUGCGGGUGGGCGGCAAUCCCCUGGUGUGCAAUUGCUCGGUGCACUGGCUCUGGAACGUGCUGCGCGCCGAGGAGCGACGCAACGAGACGCGGCUCGAGCUCGACAGUCAGGAGAUCAUCUGCGCCGACGAGGAGUUUGCCGGCAAGGCUCUGAUCAACCUGCCCGAGGGCUCCUUGCGCUGCAGGCUCAGCCCGCUCUACCUGUCACUGUCGGCGGCCGGCUGCCUCGCGGCUACCGCCGCCAUACUCGCCCUCGUCGCUCACAUCACCCGGGCCAAGAGGAGGAAGCGAGUGCCCGCUUACGCGGCCCCGACCAGGCCUGAGUUGCUCGUCUACGUCGGCAGGGCCAACGACGGGCUCGUCGACAAGCACCAGGAGUCCUACAGCCGGAGACUCAUCGCCAGGACCGAGGACCUCGUCUACGAGGCCGCCAAUCAGGAGUACCAGCAGUCCCGUCGCAAAUCCGGCAGCGAGUCGCCCGAGUCUCGCGAGACGAACGUCUACGAAACGCCGCGAUACUCGAGGCCGAGCCGCCGGGACAACGAGCCGAGCUUCAACUCGUUCUACCAGCAGCAGUCGCCGCAACAGCAGCAGCGUCCAGUCUCACCGUCGCCUUCGUCUCUUCUCUCCAAUCAUCACCAGUCGUAUGCCACUGCCAACGACAUGCUGAUUGCCGAGCAGCAGCUACCGAACAAUCACGCGAGUCAACAACAGCAGCAGCAGCAGCAACAACAACAAGAGGGUGUCUACGCGGUGGCCGACGUGACGAAUCUGAGGGACGAGCCGUCUGCGCUUCACGAGGUCAUGUCGCUCUACAGAAUGCAACGAGGCGCUCCGCCGCCACCGCCGCCGCCGCUGCACCACCACCAUCACCACCACCACAGGUCCAACAACACCGACUACGGCUACGAGUACGAGUACGACUACGAGGCUCCCUUGCCACCCCAGAAGCCGCACGUCGUCUUCGUCUAGGCAACCGCGAGCUUUUUGCCCUCUGUGCGACGACGUUAAUCCCUGUGGGACUGCGACUCUGGAGCGCGCGCAAGCUCCGGGCUAAUGGCCCUCGCCUGCGAUGUGUUGAGUUUUUCCGAGGAUUCUCGAAUAAUACACGUUUUUUCUAAAUACUAUAUAUAUAUAAUGUAUACAUACUGUGAACGAUCGUGUUGACCUUUCGAUGUCGAACGGCUGUUGCAUCGCUGCGACUCUUUUCGGUUUAACAUUAUUAUUAUAUUAAUAUUAUCAUCAUUAUCAUUAUCAUUAUUAAUAUUAAUACUGGCACCGCUGAUAUUAAUGAAAUUGAUUUUCGACCCGCUCAAUUUGUGCCUGAUGGACGUUGUUCGGUUUUAUGUAAAACGAGGCGUGGCGCGACAGAGCCGAAGUUUCAUUUGUCUCUCUCGCGGCCGAUUAUAUCGCGUCGCGUCCGAGUGAGCUUUUUAUUGCUUCGGCUCGCCGCGUCGGCCCUUUUUUGUGAUGUUUGGCGGAUGCACGGAUUGGACGCGGGGAUACACCGGGAGUUGUCGCGAGAUUACCGGUUCUCCUUUUUGAAAAUAAAAACAAUAUUAGCUCAAUGGUCGACUCGGUCGAAGCUCUCGGUGUACUUGUAGCGACCCAAGGAUUAUUUGUAUAUUUCGCUCACGCGCGAGUUAGAGGUACUUACUUACUGCGACUACGUUAUGAUUUUUCUAUGUUUCGGUUUUUUAUGAAAGUAUAAAGUAUAUUGUUUAAGUGUAUAAGCAAUUGUAUAAAAUGAAGAAGUAAUUAAAAGCAUCUUAUUGGUGAAUAUUUUAAGCGAUAUCGAGUUAUGUUUUGCAUUGAUUCGACGUAACAUAAAAAGUACUAUAUAUGCGUCGUAAACGUAGCUCAGAUAUAGUACUUUGGACAAGUACAAUAAUUACGAUAAUAAGUACUCAGACGUUUACGUAUGUAUGAUUAUAUAAUUUACGUAUACAUUUACGAGAGAUAGUGAAUACGACGCUAGUUGAACCGUUGGAAUGAUCCGCCCUGCAUUUCGUUAUACCGAAGUGACACGUUACAGGUAGGCUUCUGCAAGCUCAAAAAAUUAAAAGGGUAUACAAAAAAAAAUCCUAGUUCCGAGUCAGAUCUUGUUCACGAUAUUAAACUGUACACGUCCUUCUUCAAACCAUCGAUCUUUGGAGAAAAAGAAUACGCAUAAAAAUAUAUAUAUAUAUUUAUGAAGCAAAAAUUAUAGUACAAUCGCAUGAAGUUGUGAAAACCAGAACCGUGAACGUUGAACGAAUUAGGUCUUUAUCUGAAUCUUCUCUCGUGACUCUCUCCCUUUGAUCACUUCAAAAGCUGCAGAAUAAUCAAAAGUAAAAAUUGCUCGAAGACGUUCACGUAAAAACCUAAUCGAAUGAAAGCGCGCGAGCGAGUAAGCGGCGAAAGAUACAUAUACAGCGAGCGCACAUUGUGAACAUUACGAGGGGUGAGAGGGGGAGAAAAGCGUCUGCAGCGACGAGCAAGAGCACAAGCGCUGCUCGUGCGCACGUGCAGCAACAGCGGCUGUGGCAGCCGGCUAGAUACAAUUCACAAUUAGCCCCGGCACCCGGGCGCAAAAGGGUUAUGCGCGCGCGACGAUCGGCCCGUAGUAUCAUUAGCGCCGCCCCGGGGAGACAUUCGCCAAGUCGGAAACUCGCUCGGCGAGCAGAUACGGAGAAAGAGGAAGCAUAAAGCCUUAAAUGCGCGGAUUCGGAAAACGUCGCGCUUAUAGAUCGUUGGUCGUUUUCGUUACAAGCUCUCUGUUGCAUUUCGCUCCGCAUUUUCCGCAAGUAGCUCUACCCGUACUGGCGCUUCCUCGCAGCCUUGAAAUAGAAUAAACGCGGAGAAUCUCAGUCGCGGAGAGUGAGAGAGGAUCGAAGUCAGAGCGUAUUCCCCAGCGCGACCUUAACGACGACGAGAUAAUGCCAAGGUAAAUAAGAGAGAGGACGCGGCAUCGGCUGGGAAAUAACGCGCGGCUGACUUCCAGUAGCUCUGCUGGAAGGAAAUAAAGACGCGGGGGCGUCUAUAGCUGUACGGGAAGAUAUACGAAUGGAAAUGUCUUUCGAGAGAUAAUUACGCCGAGCUAUAGUGGGAAGAGACAGCGCGCGGGCGGGCGGCUGCUCGAAAGAUAAAGAAAAGUGGAAUAGAGAGGCUGGGAGAUAGGAAACCGAGCAAGGCGCUCUACAUUCUGGACGAGCAAGCAAGCAAGCUCGCGCGCUGUCUCGUUAGUCGCACCACGCUGCUGCUGCAACCUGUGCGCGCCACGUACCCGCCCUGAAGAAACCGUGCGCUGUGUCUAUAGGUGCGCGAGCUUUAAAAGCUCCCGCGUACAUUGGCUGCGAAAAUGACGACGCGGCCCAUGUAUCUUCCUCCCGUGUACUACCGGGAUUUAUCGCCGACUUGACUGACUUUUCUCUCCUCUCUUUUGUUCGGCCUCUCGCGCGCGGUUAAUUAUCACAGUUGGACUCGCGUUUUUGCCGCUGUAUAACACAGUCCGAUGCUCGUAAUUAAUGACGGGACGAUCGGCGGGCGCGCGUGUAUUUGCAUAAAUUGAUUGUGCCGUGGGGGGGGGGGGCGUAUUUCACGGCCUUGCCAAAUUGCGCUGGGCUGAUUUAUGCCUUAUCUCCGCGAGAUUUAUCCCUCUCGUUAUUAAUUUCUUGACCACGUUUGUGCGCUCGAGUCGCGCCGUCUCGUUUUUCGUUGUGUCUGGCAGUCUUGUAAAUCGGUUUUAUAACGACGAGACGAGCCCCGGCUGGGAAUAUUUAUGGCCGGCGAUCGUUUGUCUUCUUGAUUAUUAGCUCGUUAAAGAGCCCGUCGCUCCUCUCUCGGGUUAAAUGAUUUUCGAACAACAAAUCACCUGUUACUUUCGUAAUUUUCCUCGGAAACCCGUCAUCAAUCACCAGCCUAUAACAAGCUUUCUCUCCCCCGUCGGCUCUCUCACCUCGGAGAUUAUAAAUUUAUUCGUCGUUGUAAUUAUCGUAUGUACACUUUCCAAUCCGGAUUGAAAUUUCGUGCCAAAUCGAGAGUGCGACUGUGUAUCGCGCGCGAGUUAUGUAGCGUAGAGUUCUCCGAGCGAUGAUGAAGUGGGCUACUAUGCACGACAGCGCGAGCGCGCAAAAGGAUGCGGCGAGUGCACGGAUGCGUAGCGAGGAAUGCGUAAAGAUGGAACGCGCGUGUGUGUGUGGUAUAAAAGGGAGACAGAGAGAAUCGACGAGUGCCUGAUGCAGCUCAUAACGAGUUCCCCCGUUGGUUGGUCAGUCGCGCCGAGCUUGUAAAUUGAAGCAAUAAUAAAUAAGGUUUUAUCGACGCAAUAUGCUACUACAGCUACGAGAGAUAGAGAGAAUGAGAAGGAAAAACAAAGCGAAUGGCUGGAGUGUUUAACGACGCCAAGAGUUGCCGUUAUACCGUAGAUCAUACGCGCGCAUUUGUAUGGAUUCUAUCUACUGCGCUCCCGAUGCGGAUUGUUGUGCGUAUAACCUACGAUUACAGUGUGAUGUUUGGAACGCGCCGGGCCACGAUCUGAUAUUGUGUGCUCUCGAGGAUUAUACAUAGAUAUAAAUAUAUACAUAUGGACAGAUAUUUAUUUAUAUCGAGAUCGAUAAGCGAGUUGAUGCUCUGUAUGUGUAUACACGUUGCGUUUGAGUUGAAGAGACGAUACUUGAGACGACGCCGAUGAUGCUGAUGAUGAUGGCUAAGAUGAUGUUACGUUUUUUCGAAUGUGAGAUAUUAAAGAGAAAAUUAUAAAAAAAAAUCGAACGAAUCUAUUGAUCUCCACGUACCGAGUAAAACAAUCACGUGUCUGUCACUUCAAUAUGUGUAUACAAACUCUCUCUCUCUCUCUCUCUCUCUCUCUCUCUCUCAAUGCCAUGUACAGUGUCCAGCUCAUUUCUUUUCACUAUAUCUCUUCUCAACUGUCAGUUGUGUCUGUCCGUCUGUCUGUCUGUCCGUGUCCAUGUGUGUCCAUAAACGUGCGCCUGUCCGACUGUCUUUUCCGCCGAGAACGUAUGUGUGUAUCCGGAAACACACUUGAUGCCGCAUCGCGUAUAAACUGCCGACGAAUCUUUGCUUCUCGUCGCGGAAAAGGAAGGGGUGUUGCGCGCAGCCGGGAUAAUGGGAUUGCCCACUGAUUGAUUCGGCUUUUCAGCCGUGACCGAUGACGCAACGGAUCGAAAGUCGAAGCGCCGAUAGCUGAGAGUGUAUAUUACCGCCUAUGCGUCCGCCUUCGCCGCAAGUCUGACUCAUCGUUAUCGGAGAUGAAUUUAUAGGUUUUUUUUUGCCAUCUGCAUCCCGCGCAAAAAAUAUAUCUCUGCUGCACAAGAGUGUUUAACGCUUGCUUUUUGCCGUCAUAUUUUAGACGAUACGGGGCGGUAAUUAGUGGUUCUGAUUACGGUCGAGCAAAAAACCUUCUAUUUCGAAGCCUGCGUCGAAUGCAUAAUUCAGCUCGCCUUAUUCUGUUUAUUACCUCCCCGCUUUUGAAUCCGCUUAUUGGCAGCGACGAGAGUUCCUGCAACUGUCAUGCGGCCCUCUGUAUAAAUACAUCGAGUAAUUAACCUCGAAUCCAGCGCAAAUUACAUCCUGGAGGGCCUAAAAUUCACGGCUGAAAAAAUAGGUAUGUCACAUUCUCACGGAGCAAAAAAAAAAAAAAAAAGAAAAAGAUAAUCAUGUCUCGUAUAGAAUCACGUUCGCGUAAUUAAAAACAAGUCUCCUGUAAAUAUUCGUUGAAAACGCAGCCUCCGAAGUCGGCGUAAAAAAUUACGAGCGAGACGAAGCUUUAUUCAACUGAGGAAUUCGGUCCGAAUCGUAAAAAUGUGAGCUCCGGCUCGUCGGCGUAUAAUACGCAUUCGACGCGCCAGGCAUAUAAUCUCCGCGGCGCUUCACGCCGGAUUAAACGAGCCGAGUCCGAUAACCUUGAUAUCCUCUAUUUCUUUUCGGCGCAAACUAUAUUCCCUUUCGCGGCGCCGCCAAGAGAGAUAGUCGCACUUAGGCUCUUGCGGCUCGUUAGUCACGGUAGUUAGUCAUGCCCCGGCGAUAUGCGGGGCGCGAGUAUAAAGGGACGCGCUUAGAGUUCUUCUUCGCUCGUGUCUCGUCUCUCGCUUUCGACUUUUUUCCCUCGGCGAGUGCCGCACUUGGCGCGCGAAUUUUCCCUCUUCGCGCUCCGCUGCCUCGCGGUAUUUCGCGUCUCUUCUUUCGCCUGAGCUAUCAUGCUCGAAUGUUCGCUCCUUUUUAUUCUUGGAAAGCCUGCACCUAGUGUCAUUCGUUAAUUGGAAUUUUUCACCGUGGACGGCGGUUGAAUGAUUAGUUCGAAACAAUAUUAUUCCUCGAAGCUUGCGACGCAAGUAGUAAUAUCCCGCUCGGAUCAGACCGAAAACACCAGCGGCGGCGGCUAUUUCGUCUCCCCCGAAAAUAAAGCUUCUAACGAGCGAUAGCCGAAAAGAAACACAUUCAUUAAAGGAAAGGAAAGGCGGAGAAAGGAAAAUAUUUUCCCCGGCACCCUUCUUGACACCUUUUCGACGUCUUGUCGCGCGAGCAGUGCACCCGGCUAUUUCUAGUCCCGCGCGUGUAUAACCUCGCGUUUCUCCGCCGAACUUCUCUUUCUCUCUCUCUCUCUCUCUCUCUCUCUCUCGCUCUGUAUGUGUUUUCUCUCGCGCUCUCGUUCUUUCACCCUCCGAAUAUCGUCCGUGUGUUUUUUUAUAGGUGCGCGGGCGCGAGCAUUGUUGUCGUUAAUCCGCUCGACAAAAAGGCAGUGUAUAUCCUCGGCCUUUUUCCGUUUCCGUAAGACCAUUAUCGCAUCUGCGCGCCUCGCGCGUUUGUAUACAAUUUUCUCGCGUAUUCCCGCGGGGAAAAAAGGAUGUACGCGAACGAUUCGUUACCCGCUUUUUACGCGCGGGCGCGACAGAUUGUCGGCGGCUUUUUUUUAUUCCGGUAUGCAUUCGUAUACACAUGUGCGCGUUCGAAAAAUUACGAAGAGGCGACCCGAAUUCCACUACUGUCGCACCUAUACACAGCGGGAUUUACUGCGCGGGAAACGCGAUUUCGGAACGGUUAACGCAGCGAGGAAAAACAACGCGCUGCUGCUGCGCCCGCUUGUCAACGUUUUUUAAUCUCGUGACUGAUGAUCGGAGCUUUUUUCGGCGACGUUGAACGCUCUGUAAAAGCUCGCGUAUCAUUAUAUGCGCGUGCAAUUUAUUCGAACGCGCGAGAGGUAAUAAUCGCGGCGUGUAAACGAACCACUAAUUCCACAUACGAGCAUAUUUCAUCUUCUCAUUGUCCCGGCGCUUGCGCGCGAAAGCUGAUUAAUUCGUUCUACACAGGCUAUAGAGUUAUCUAGGUAUAACGUAACGCGCUAAUAACGACGACGAAGACAAGGCGGGGGCGAACAAGACGCGCAUAAUUCAAAGGGAAGCUAAAAAUAAAGACAAGGCGAAGGCGGCGCGAGCGGGCAAAGCUUCUCCAGCAGGCGCCGCGCAAGCUCUUGAGCUCAAGGCGACUUUUUCCUCUUUCUUAAAAUCUACUAAGUAGAGCGUCGCUAGAUGUUUCUCCAUAUAGUCGUUCUACUCGUGUACAGUCUCGCGUGUAUACCUCUACUAGCUCCUUAUAUUACGUACUGUGUGCGCAGCUGCGUCGUUUUGCGCGAGCUUUUUUUCUCGCGCGCGCGAGCUUUGGCGGGUAACGAGACCGACGAAUUAAGUUCACGCAGGUGCGCUGGCUAGGAAAAUCAAAAGCGACUCGGUUUGUAUUUUGAAUUAUUCGAUAAUAUAUAGUCAUCCGAAUAGGCAUCACUUUCAACGCAGGUUCUGAUUAUAGAAGCACGCAGGUAGUCGAUAUAUUUCUAUAACCAUACAUGUACGAUACACGACUAUAUAUAUUUAAGAAGAAUUCAAAACUUUUUUAUGACUCAAUCGAUAUACGAUAUAAGCGUUUGUUAAUUCCGAGAAAGUGACGAUGCUGAAUAUACAAUAUAUGAUAUAAACGUGCGGCGCAAGGGCGUCUUCUCUAUACAUAAAAUAUACUGUAUUUUACGCCGCAAUGAAAAGAGCGAGACGAGGCGCAGAUUUCUCAUGUAAAUACUACUCAAUCACUCCUAAUGCACUGUAUAUACGUGCGUAUCACCGUUGAAUGAAAAAAAUGAACAAGAAGAAAAAAUAUUUUAAGCGAAGGAAGCUCACUACGCAGUUAUACAUAUACAUAUAAAAAAAAAGUAAAAAGCAAAGUAAACGCGAGUCUCGCGCCGCGUAUGCUGCACUUUGGGGCGUGUAUACGGCGGGAGACGACUGAUAUAAAAAUUAUAAAAGAAAUGGAAAUGUAAGGACGAGUAUAAUAUAGAGUAACGAGAUAAAAAUGCAGAUCUAUGAGACGAAGCUGAGACGAGCUGAGCGAAGGAAUAAUAAAAAUUGUUUAAUACAUAACGACACACAAUAAAAUUAUAUUGUAUAUUGGCUAAA